AUGUCUUCUCAAAAUGAGAAUGACACUAUAUUAUCAAAUGAAGAUACUCCUAUAACAACAGCUAGUCAUAAACGUCGUGUACGUUUUCCAAGUGAUGAAUCACAAUUACGUAUGAUAUCAGUUACACCUGAACCAUUAUCAAAUCAACCAUUAUAUUCACUUGGUGUUAUAUUACAACGUUAUCGUGGUGCAUGUCAACGUUUACAAAUACGUCCGUUAAAUUGUUUAUUAGAUCAAUUAAGUACAUUAGAUGAUAAUAGAAAAUCAUUUAAUGAUCGUCUUAAUUAUUUAAAAAUAACAAAUGAAAGAUUAGAUAUAAAACAUAUUGAUGCUAUUGAAGAAAUUUUAUCACGUUGUCGUUUUCAUACAUUAGAUUUAGAAUCAUCAUUUACCGAUGAUAUAACACUUGUGCAAUUAUUUGAUGUUAUUGAAUAUUAUGAAUCAUGUAUACAUUUAAAUUUAUCAAAUAAUCGUUCAAUUAAUGUACAAGGUUAUCAAGCAUUAGCAAGAUAUUUAAGAAAAGCACAUUAUUUAGAAAGACUUGAUAUGAAUUCAAUGCGUUUUGAUGAUAUGAGUAUAUUAGGUUUUGGACGUGCAUUGCGUUUAGCAUCAACAUUAUAUGAAUUACAUUUAGAAUCAUGUCAAUUAAAUGGUAAAAUUUUACAAAAAUGUAUACAAAAUUUACGUUUAUGUGCUUGUUUACGUGAUCUUUAUCUUUGUGAUAAUCGCCUUCAAGUGCAAGAUUCAUUACUCAUAAAUGAUCUGAUUCGAUCUUGUGGUCAAUAUCUUCAUGUACUUGAUCUUCGUUCAAAUUCAUUACAAGAUAAUGGUAUGUCUCAUAUAGCUUCACAAUUAAGUCAAUAUGAUGAACAUCAUACACAUCAAAAUGCUAUAUAUAAAAUAAGUUUUCAAUCAAAUCAAUUAACAUCUCAAGGUGUUGGUUUUCUAGCGAAAUCAUUACUACAUAAUCGUACAAUACGUUCAUUAAAUUUAAGUCAUAAUCCAAUAACAAAUGAAGGUUUAUUUUUAUUACGUGAUACAUUAUUAACAAAUCGAACAAUAAAUGAAUUAAUAUUAAGAAAUUGUCGUUUAACAGAUCAAGCUGCUAUUGCUUUAGCAGAAUAUAUUGCUGAAUCAUCAACAAUACAAUAUAUUGAUUUACGAGAAAAUAAUAUUCAAGCAAGUGGUAUAUGUGGUAUGGCAAUAGCAAUAAAAAACAAUAAAUCAUUAUUAAGACUUGAUUUUGAUCAAAUUAUUUCAACAUCAACCAAUUCAAAUAUACAAUCGAAUAAUCAGAAUAUUGAUCGAUCAACAACAAAUACAAGUAGUCUUCUUUCAUUAUCAAGUCUUCGACGAAUGACAAUUGGAUUAGGUAAUUUAACAAAUAAUCCAUCAAAUAAUUUAAAUGGAACAAAUAAUCCUGUUACACGUGAAUUAUUUGAACAAAAACUUAAAUGGAUGAAUGAUAUUGAAUGUAUUUGUCAAAGAAAUUUACUUCUUUAUGAAGAUCGAUUACGUCGACAACAAGAAGAAGAAGAAGCAAAACAACAACAACAACAAAAUGGACAAAUAAUUGAUAAUAAUGAAAAAACUAUAACUAAUGGAACUGAUCAACAAGAAUCAUCAACUAUGACACUGAAUGAUAUUCUUUUAGAAGAAAAUAUUACAGAUGAACUUCCAUCAAAUGAUAAUAUUCCUUCAUUAUUGACAGAUAAUGAACAUUUACCAUUUUGUAUACAAGAUAACAGUGAAGAUAAACUAAUAUCAACCGAUGAAGUUUUACAAUCAAAAGAUACUUCUGUUAAUAAUAAUGAUAUUAUUGUAGAACUUUUAAAUACUCACACUCAUGAUAAUAAUGAAGUUGGACAAGAAAUAGAUAAUCCUAUCGAGUCUCAAUCCAAUGGUGAUAAUCAAGCAAAAUUGCAAACAAAUAAUAUUGAUGAAAAUUCAACAUUAGCAGAUUCACUUUCAAUGCCUAAUCAAAAUAAAGAUAAUCUUGACAAUAAUAAUGAUGAUGAUGAUAGUGAUAAACGAAGACUUCAACAUUCAGAUAGUCUUCAUUUAUUAAGAAAAAAAGUUCAACAUGAAGAUAAUAAUACAAGUGAUGAUGAAUCUGAUUUGUCAUCAUCGAUGGAACAACAACAACAACAACAACAGCCAAAAAUAACAGAUGGUGUAUAG